GACACGUGUACUUUACGCAAAACAUCCAGCGACGGUUACGUAAAUAGUUCCCAUCAUGCUGUUCGCAGGCACUUCUCCACAAGCCAGACGACCGGGGGGAGGAGGAGGCGGAGGCUGCCAGCCGAAGAGCCGGCUGAAUCUUGUAGCGGAUUUACGGUGCCUGUCCUCCAGUCUACCAGAGCAGGUGACGGCAGAGAAUGAAGACAAAGAUAACAGCGUCAUUAGACAUUAUGGUUUCUUUCCAAGAAGCUCUUCCUUCUAGUCCAUGAGUGUCUUCGAGGUUUUCAAAAGCCUUCUUUUGCCAGGGGGGAUUCGGGUGUCUCAGUCCAUUCUGAUCCAGGACACCGCCGGGCGAUGACAGCGGCCACAGCCACCCCGCGGUUGAUGAGAGACCGACUGCUGCAGGCCAUCGACGGCCAGAGCAACGUACGCAACAUGGUGGUGGUUGUGGAAGUGAUUUCCAGUUUGGAGAAAUACCCUGUCACCAAAGAGGUCUUGGAGGAAACUCGUCUUGGGAAGCUGAUUAAUGAUAUCCGGAAAAAGACCAAGAAUGAGGACCUUGCAAAAAGAGCCAAGAAGCUCCUUCGGAACUGGCAGAAACUGAUCAACCCUGGGCAGUGUGACUUGCUGUCCAAAGGACUCGCUGGUGCAUCAUGGUCUUCCAAAGGUAGCACUCAUCCCUGCUCAUCUCCUUCAGCAGCUCCUCCAGCUUUUAGUAAAACAGGCUCAGAGUUGAAGGCCAGAAGUGACUUCAACAACUGUUCUCCAAAGCUUGAGCAGAUAAGCAACAAGAAACGUAGGCACGACAAGAAAGAGGGUCAACUCUUACCAGCAAAGAAACCCCAAAUCACUCAUGGUGAUACAAUACAACACUCAAAGCAGCUGCCAUCCAAUGGACUAGGUGGAAGUUUCAAAACUGCUGCAAACAUUCAUACACACCAACCAGUAGACAGGGAAACAUCUAACAAUUUGGACAGUGACAAGCCAAAUAAAGUCUCUAUUCAUGCUGUCAAACCUCAUCCAAGUGCCUCUGUCUACAGUAAGCCUCCUAGCGCCCUUGUGCAACAACAAGUUAGAUGGGAUAAACCUGCCUCUGGGAGUCAGCAUCAACCCAGAAGCCCUCAUUUCUCAUUGCAGCAUCCUGAGCAUCCAAAGCGAGAAGCUGUAGGCAAGAAAACUGUUUCCAAAACACAGAGUGGUUCCAGUCCAAGUGUGAAGGUUGGGACUGAGGACAUCUCUGGACUUGGUGAUUCUGCUCCGUUGUUCAGUGUCCAGACAGACCAUUCAGGUUCUGCAAAUUUGGAGUCUCAAAGCAGGACUUCCAGUACAUCGCUCCGUAACUCUAGGUGUGACGGACUCAGUUUGGAUGAUGAGAAUACUAUUAAUGAUGCUGGGAAAAAGAAAAAACAAAAAUGCAGGGCUAAAGAUUAUGUUGUGAAGCUAGGUGGGCCAAUUAGGAAAGACAGCAGUAGACCAGUGAGGUUAAAAGACAGAAGGAUAACAUUUGAUCCAUCAACAGGACAAAUUAAACCCACCUGCCUUAAGGGCUCUUCCGAAAAGAAGGAAGUCUCUGAACUCCAAUUAUCAGAUCAGCUGAAGAAGAAUCACCCCAUCUCUCCCAGUCCCUUUCAGCAGACAGAUUGGAAAGAGCUGUCAAGGAGUGAAAUAAUCCAGUCAUACUUCACCCAUCAGAGCAACAUCCUCUUGUCGUCUGGUGUCCACACACCUACAGGCCACUUUUUUAUGACGGACGUUUGUAAAAGAGUGGAUCACCAGAAAAGCAAUGCCACAGAAACUCACAUACUGGCAUCUGAUCAGCCUGCCAGAGAGUUACCUGGAAUUGGCAGAGAAAUCAACAAUGACGACCUGAACCGACUACAGAGGCAGCGUUGGUCCGGAGUUAACGGUUGCUAUGACACGAAGGGUAACUGGUACGACUGGACAGAGUGCAUCUCUUUAGAUCCACAUGGAGAUGAGAGCAGACUGAACAUAUUGCCCUACGUCUGUCUGGACUAAACAGACUUGGUUCAGCUGUGAAACAACUGAGUUUAUAAUAUCUGGAAAAUGUCAAAUGUUUGGAAAAAUUUUAAGAGAAUUCUGCCCUAUUUGGGAGUCCUGGAGCUUUGGUCCAUUCGGCUUUUAUAUUGUACUGUAAGCUUGUGAACACAUUUUCUGAGUAUUGUCUUGUUGUCAUUUAAUAACAGCAUUGUGAGAACUUAAAGGACACAGAGAGGUCUAUAUUUUCAGUGCUCAUUAGCAACACAGAUAUAUUUCAUGUUCAACAUGUCCAAAGUUAAUGGUAUGCCCUUAUGUUCAGACCUUACAGAUUCAGUUACAAGUGCACAGCUUUAAAUACGAUUUCUCACAUGUCCUCAGUGAUCACAUCUCAGUUACUUGCUUUGCAUUGCAAUGAUCUCAGAGCCAUGUCGUAAUGUAAACAGUGGAAAACAGGUAUUUUCAUCCAUUAUAUAGAGACAUACAGGGGUUGGACAAUGAAACUGAAACACCCGUCAUUUUAGUGUGGGAGGUUUCAUGGCUAAAUUGGACCAGCCUGGUAGCCAAUCUUCAUUGAUUGCACAUUGCACCAGUAAGAGCAG